AUAGGUUUGGUUUCUACAACGAUACCUAUGUACUUAGCAGAAUGUUCCCCAGUUUAUGCAAGAGGAAUGUUGGUAUCCACCAAUAUUGCAAUGGUAGCCUUUGGACAGUUUGUUGCUAAUGUUGUAUCUGGUAUUUUUGGUUCUGAUGCAGAAAAUGGUUGGAGGUAUAUGUUGGGUCUAGGAAGUGUGCCCUCUUUAGUGCAGUUUAUUGGGUUUCUGUUUAUGCCUGAGUCUCCACGUUGGUUAAUUAGUGAAGGAAGA